UGCUUAAUCCCAAAGUACUGUUUCCAUAGGUGUCAAUCUGAACCAGCCCAGUGAAACAAACGCCCCUUUAAAACCUAGAAUCAGCUGCGACUGUUCUUGCUCGCAACUGCUGCGCUGGGCACAAAAUAUCGGGCAGCUAUUUCAACAGCAGCGCCGGACCUCCCUCACGCCUUCCGACCUUUCUCGCUCUUGCUCCCGUACUUGAGUGUGCAAGAGACGGCACUUUAGGCACCUGCCUUCCUUAUCUUGCCGGUUACCAACCCUUCAGGUUACUAUCACUUAUACAUUCUACUACUAUUUUACCUCCUUCCUCCACUCCGAGCUGAGGUCCAGCAAGAGAGUUGAUUCCUAAUCUUCCUCAACCACAAUCCUUAUCGCACCGCGCCGCAUACGUGCGCGUCACUCAUCCAUCAUGUCACUUUUCGGUUCCUUAAGAGACAAGCUGUCCAACAGGAACCGCUCGCGCUCGCCCAGCCUAAAUCCGGAUGUCCUGUCGCAUUCCGGCGACGCCCAUCUUGCGGGGCCGAGCGGCAACAAAACGGUAUCGGGCGCGGAUAAUGCCCCUCCACCGCCCUACACCCCGAUUGACCCGGCACCGGCAUUUCCCACCCUCGCAGUCAGCAAUCCGCCCUCCGCCCGCCAGCCCUCCCCGGCGCCCUCCUUCUCUUCGGCCCGCUCCAACCCCAGCAUCACCUCUCGCGAGGACCCGUACGCCUUCCUUUCCUCCUUCGACACCAUCUUCCUCAUCGACGACAGCGGCUCCAUGGCCGGCCGCUCCUGGCGCGAGGUAAAGGAGGUCCUGGUUUCCAUCGCGCCCGUAUGCACCUCGCACGAUGCCAACGGCAUCGACGUCUACUUCCUCAACGCCCGCAACCCCUCCCCCUCGGACCGCGACGACCGGACACAGGGCUUCCGCAACAUCACCACGCCUAAGCAGGUCGAGGACGUGUUCCGCCGCGUGCGUCCUCAGGGAGCCACCCCGACCGGCACCCACAUCAACGCCAUCCUUCGGCCCUACCUGCGCGAGCUUGAGCACGCCAUCGCCCGCACCGGGAACCCGGACGAGUGCGGCGUCAAGCCCAUCAACAUGAUCGUCAUAACCGAUGGCGCCCCCACCGACGACCCGGAGGCCGUCAUCGUCAGCCUGGCCAAGAAGCUCGACGCCCUCGACGCUCCGCCCCACCAGGUCGGCAUCCAGUUCUUCCAGGUCGGCAACGACCCCGAGGCCACCCGCGCCCUCAAGGAGCUCGACGACGGUUUGACCGAGCAAGGCGGCGGCAUCCGGGACAUGGUCGACACCGUCACCUGGGAGAGCUCUCCCGGCAAGCCCCUGUCCGCAGAUGCCAUUCUGAAGGUGGUGCUCGGUGCGGUCGUCAAGAGGUUGGACCGGAGAACCCUUGACGGCCAAGGGAGGCGAGGUGACCAUCUGGCACCCUGAGCCGUUAGAUCCGGCAAAACCUUUUCUUCUUCCAUCUUCUUCUUCUUCUUCUUCUUCUCUUUUUUCCUCCUUGUAACAUGUAGUCGGCGUUGAGGUUUGAGAUUGGGGGGGGGUUAGGGUUUGAGGUUCCCGGGGUGAGGAUGAUGAUAAAAUCAUGCAACUGUCAGCGUUUUGGUAGCGUAUUAUUCUCUCUGCCUUACUUUGUAUCACCAGUUUGUCAGUGGUCGCAUCGCUUCACAUCGGGCAGCAUUUUGGGAGCCUCUGGGAAAUUACCAGUGAAUAGACUGGGAUCGGAGCUGAAUUGAUACCCAUCAAUGAGAAGACAGACACCUUGAGUUUUGCCGGAUCCAUCCCGGCACAGCCGCAGUCUCGGUCUACUUCCAGGUUUCAUCGUAAAGUC